AUGCAACGUUCGCUGCACCAUGCUCGCGCCAGGGUGUCGAUCAAGCUCACCUCGGCAGCCCGCAGAAACGCGAGGACGCCAGCUGAAGUUGCCAAGGCUUCGGCCGCGCCCGUACCGGCGGCGACGAUUCUGCGGGGCCCCUUGGUCGCGCACCGGGAGAGCGGUAAGCGCAACGGCAACAGCGACCACGGGAGCGACAAGGACGACCACAGCUUCCUCGAGGACGACUUCAGCUUUGAUGACGACGAUUUCGAGGGCUCAUCGAGCUCACCCACGGCGUGCCCGUUCAAGGCUGCAGUAGAAACAACAGAGCUUGCUCAGAAGGCCAGGGACGAGCUUUGCCUAGCGGAACUCGUAACGGAGAAGAGGAAGGAUAUGGUUGAUGAGAAAAUGCGGGAUACCGAUGUGACGUGGGUCCAACAGCUUUCCGUCAAAGCCAUGAACGCAGUCACUGCGGCAUCGAACAUGACUUCCGGUGCUGCUGCUGUCAUGUAUACGGCGAAUCGCGGGGACCCCAGAAACCAGGCGAUGGGUUCAACGGCGGCGUUGACGGCGGCGGGAACGUGCUCGACGUCGGCCCCUUCCAGUACGCCUCAACGGCGGAGAUGGAAGCGCAUCAACCGGAACGCCAAUGCAUCUGCCGCAACCCCCCCCACGGGAACUUCUCAGCCAGGAGAGCGGGGGACCACCACCACAGCAGGUACUGGGUCAGAUAUCACUCCGUUAUGGUGGAACACGUGGUACACACACUAA